GGCGUUAGUUCAGGUUAGAGCCGUUUCUAUGGCUCUGGUUCAGGUGAAGUCAGACGAUGGACAGUUAUUAUUUACCUGAACUUAAUGCGAUACGACAGAGAGUAAACACGGGAUUCAAGCUUUGAAAGUCAAGGUGUCAUGGGGUCAUGGAUGCUGGUUUGGAUUCUGUGUACCACAGUCACUCUGAUGCCUGUGUGUCUUCAUGGAGCAAUAUCGGUCCGUUUUAAAACCGGACGGCUUCUGAAUGUUGCACUUGGCCAAACUCUUGUUUUGGAAGCCAUAUUUGAGAAGGAUCCAGAUGACAAGAUAGACAUGGUGACGUGGGACCGCAAGAGAGGAAGAGACAAUGUCAGACUGUCACAUGCAAACAGAAUAUCUUUGGAGAAGGAAGAUGCACUUCUGCGGGUCACUGAUGUUGCAGAAGGGGACUUUGCGAUCUACAAGGUCACCGUUACAGACAGUAACGGAUACCAGCAGUACGACUCAAUAGAAGUGCGAAAGAUAGUGGAACCUCUAAAGGCGUCAAUUGCACGCGUGCUGGAGUGUGUUGUGGAUAAUCAUGGCAUGACGCAGUGGGACAGCCCUCAGUUUUCAUGGCUGGUUGAUGGCGUUACAGUAACCAAUCAAACCGCCCUGUUAGCAGACGGCAGUAGACUAGACAUUUCUGAGGUUAAGGGCGUUAACUUCACCUGCAUCAUCAAGAGCAGCCUGGGGACAGUGACUACACAUUAUCAAAUACCAGAAGAAUCGUGCGAAUCUCAGCCCUGUUGUGCAGCACUGAUUGCAGUUGCAGUUGUAACAGCAAUAACACUUAUGGCUGGGUUCAUUGUCAUGAAGAAAUGCAAGAACAAUGCCAUCCUUUAGCCAAUACUGUACACUCACAGACAACAUUUGAUUUUUUUAUUGUAACAAUUUUGGUUUAAUUUAUUUUACUUAUGUUCUAUUUUACGUCAUAUGCUUUUCCCUCUUUUUUUAUGACUUUUAAUGGUGAACUUUUAUUAGAAUUGCAGAUAUGCUGUUCCUGCAUAUAUGUGACUCUCAAACAGUUUUCAGCUUCCAGGUUUAAAUGUUCUCAGGGUAGCAUGUUUUCUGACUAUCUAAACUUU